GACGGAGGGAUAAAUUUAAGCGUUAAAUUUGUGAAAUGUUGGAAAUUGAAGGGUGGUGAAUUGGGGCCAAUUUUAUUUGAACUAGGCCUCAUAAACCGAAAGCCCACUUCUUGACAAGGGCAGAUCCCAGUGGCUCCUUCUGCUUCUCCACUUCAAGCUCUAAUACAGCAGAGCGCACCUCAUUGUUAUGAGUUAUCCCACGAGUUAUCCAAAUACAAAUAAUACGUGUCCGUAGAAGCACAAAAGACAAUUCGAUUGAUGGAAGCGGGAAGGCUUCUCCGUACACCCAUUCCAUGGAGGCCCAAGCUCACUCCCUCUCCUCCCACUUUCCCGCGCUUUGUUAGGGCUUCUUCAAAAUCACAGGGACGUUACCGGGGACCUAAGCCAAAGAGGGAUUGGCUUGCCGAUUGGGUCUCCAACAACGACGGCACUGUCCGGAGCUUGCCGAUCUACGUUGGAGGAGUCUCUCUGUUAUCUGUUCUCUUUAACCGCACCAUUUCGGGCAUUGCCCCCGUUGCUGAUGCCAGCAGUUCACAGUCAAGAGCAGAUCUAUUGACACUUGGUUUGGCCGUUACCAAUAUUCUAGCUGGUCUGGUAUGGCUGUCAAUUCGGCCAAAAUCUAUAUCUGUGGUAAAUCCUCAAGGUGUGGAGUGUAGGAGGAUAUAUCCUAACAAUGCUGCUUCACUGGUCUCUGAGCUACUUUGGGUAUGGGAAUCUCUUUCUGUUGUGACAUGCUGCCGGUCUCUAGUUAUUCUUUAUGAUAGUAUUUGUAUCUUGCAAAUUGGCAUGGCUGCUGAAUCUUCCGCUGGUGAUGGCGAAGCAAUGGCUGUGGAAGCCACUAAACUGAUGCAAGGGUCACUCUAUCAAGGUGUUAUGAAAUCUGGAGCACAGAGCUACUUGGCCAACCUAUCUCUUUAUCCUGGGAAGUCUGAGCUGCCCUUUCUGCCUUCAAAUACACAGGCGGUUAUUUUGCAGCCAAUUGGAGACAAAGGAAUUAUAAUAAUUGGUGGUGACACAAUUAGGGGUUUCACAACUUCUGACCAGGCAUGGAUAACAUUAAUUGGAGAGAAAGUGGAUGCUUCACUUUCAAAAUAUGUAAAUAACCUCCCAGUGGCAGUGCAAGACAGGGUGUGAAACUUAUCGAACUGUGAGUUCCUGGGUAACUGUAUAAAUUACACUUUUUGUAGCCUGCAAUCCAGGGGUGUGUGUGUGUGUGUAUGUGUAUAGGCAGUGCAAGACAGUUUGAAAUUUAUCAAACUGUGAGUUCAUGUUUUCAUUCAUGCAUAACCUCCUUGGUGGCCUUAAUCAAGGCUAUAUAUAUAUAAGAGAGAGAGAGAGAGAGAGAGAGAGAGAGAGAGAGAAUUCAUGCUUUUAUGAGUUCAUAAUGAGAUUUUUAUUGGCUGCCAGAAUUUCUGUAUCCUGAAUAUUUCAAGUGCUUUCAGAUGGUAGGCGCACAUUCUACUUUGCUAUG